AUGCUUCCUUCGAGGCUCGCCAAGAUGCCCAUCGUGAUGGAAGAUGUCAUGAAGCUGCUGUGCUCCAUCUCUGGGGAGAGGAAAAUGAAGGCGGCCGUCAAGCACUCUGGUACAGGCGCCCUGGUCACAGGGGCUGUGGCCUUCGUUGGUGGUCUGGUCGGAGGCCCACCUGGACUCGCUGUUGGGGGCGCUGUUGGGGGCCUCUUAGGUGCAUGGAUGACAAGUGGACGGUUCAAGCCGAUUCCUCAGAUCAUAAUGGAGCUGCCGCCCAGUGAGCAGCAAAAGCUCUUUAAUGAAGCCUCCACCAUCCUCAGGCACCUGGACUGGACAGACGCUGUGCAGCUGACCACACUGGUCAUGGGCAGCGAGGCCCUGAAGCAGCAGCUGCUGGCCAUGCUGGUCAACUACGUCACCAAGGAGCUCCGGGCCGAAGUUCAGUAUGAUGACUAGGUCGUUCCUCCUGGAAAUGGGGGUCUCAUUUAGAUGAUUCCUGGGCCUCCCAGGUGGGGACGGGGAGUUGGGGAAGCCCCACACCAUCAGUGUAUUACCUAAAUGGAGUGAAACCUGCUGGAGAAGCUCCUAUUCUGCCGUAUCAUGUUCUGGAAAUUAUUUAUGAAAACACUGGAUUUUGGGUCGUGUGCACUAAUAAUGCGUAGUGACACCCCUUUUGCUUGGAGGCUGGUGAAAAGUGAAGCCGUGCCUGCUGCAGACGUGGGUGACAGCUUCUUGAAUCCACUGUCACUCAUACGGGAGCACAGCAGGAGGCCUGUGUGUUCCGUCUCCUCACCUGUGACGAUGAGCCCUGUCUGAAGCACCUGUUAACAGGACUGCUUCCUCCCCUGGGGCUCAGGGGCUUAGGGCCAAGAGCUGCCCCGUACCGGAAUCAUGUUUACCUCAUGUGUCGCCUCCCUGACCAGUGGCUGAGUGGCCCCAUGGAGGGGCAGUUGCCUGUGGAGCGAAGCCAAAAACAUCCAGGCACCCAGCCCUUCUCUACCCAGCACACCUGGGCCCUCAUCCUCCCAGGGGCUUCGACUCAUCAUUGGACAAGUCGUGGUAGUUCUUGAAUUUUUCUUUUAAAAUUAAGUACUUACAGCAAAGAAAAUGACUCUUUCUGAUGUGGUAGGAUCUAAGCAAUGUGUCCACCCCGAAUUUCCCCUAAUACUGUAUUCCCUUGGCUUUCAGAACCCUAACUUGACUAGGUAUCAUCAAAUUGCAAUAAAUGUUUUCU